AUGGCGACCAUAGGUGACAGUGAAUGGGAAAAAUACGUGGACGAGGCGUCAGGUUCGGUAUAUUUCUACAACGCACGCACAGGCAAGUCGUCGUGGGAGAUCCCAGUAGGCUUCAUAUCUCUACAGACGUCGGAUGUGACGCAGAACUGCAAGGCAACAAAGUGGCGCGAGUGCGUGGACGAUGCAUCUGGAGCCAAGUAUUACUACGACGAAGUAAAUUGCGUUAGUCGCUGGGACAAACCCGAUGACUUUUUAUUGGAGGAAAAGGAGGAGGAAGUAGAAGAGCAGAAGGAUGAGGAUAAUCAGGAGAGUAAGAAUCAGGACAAUGAGGAGCAGCGAGAGGAGACUGAUGGACCGGAACUGGAGGCACAAGAAGAGAAAGAGAAGAAGAAAGUAGAAUCUAAUGAGAAGGAGAAGGAGGUAGAAUGCUUAUCUUCAGAUGAUGAUAAGUCUCAAAGCAAUGAGAAAGAAGAAGAGGAGGUUGUAAAGGACAACUCUGCUGCUGCUAUGACAUGGGUAAAGUAUAUGGAUGCUGCCAGUAACAAACCUUACUACUUCAAUACUAGAACAAGGAAGACGCAAUGGGAGGAGCCUGAGGACUAUGAUGAGUCAGUACAACCAGCAAUUCUCUCGACGACUUCCCAGGUGUCUGUUGAGUAUCAGGCUCAUCUAAAUCGAAUGCGUACUGAAAGCCUGGCACGGGUAUCCCAGCAAGUGCUGGAUCCGUCGGGUAAUCUGAGCAAAUUGAACACCAUUUUGAGCGGCAUUGAUAGUAAGGGUCCUCCUGCUACGACUAUUGAGGACGAAGAAAUUGCUGCUGAUGCUCCUCGAACAGCAAAAGCAGAAUGGCAACAACAUAUCGACGCACAGACGCAGCGAUAUUACUACCACAAUGCGGUCACAGGUGCUACACAAUGGAACGAGCCAGACGCACCUUUCAUUUCAGGGUUGGCGAAUUGGAUUCCGCCAGAAGUUCCCAAGUCCGAUGCUACAGGAACAGGCAAGACCGUUUCAGGUGUGAGUUACGUAGCACGGGCGAAGUUUAACCGGCUUACGGGGAAGUACGAGCAGCUCGGCGGUGACGAUUAUUGGCAAAAUGCAGGAAUCGCAGCUGAUCGUGCAGGACGUCAAAUGAGCCACUUCUUCGAUAUGACGGAGCUAGAAAAAAACCGUGAAGAAGCAGUUCGCAGAAAGGAGCAAUUGAAGCGCAAAAACAUUGACUGGAAGAAAAUAAUGGCAGAGAAGAAGGCCAAGAAGCAGAAGCAGAAAAAUGAGUGGCUCUUCACUGAUUAA